AUGGAUCAGUUUCCCUAUCUUCCCAAGGAAACGCAGCAGCUUUUACUGGCUGGUCCUGCCCUCGCGCCGCCCGGGAAUCUCACUUCCAACUUCGACAACCCGCCCAACAAGAAUGGCGUGGCGCACGCUGCCUUGGCCGUGUGCUUGACUCUGGCAACUUUCAGCUUCUUCAUUCGCAUGUAUGCGAGAGUGAUAGGUCUAAGAAAGAUCAAGUUCGAGGACAUCUUGACCUUCGUUGCAUAUGGUGCCUACAUAGGCUACAUCUACUGCGCCUAUCGCGUCAUGGUUGAGUAUGGAUACUUCAUACAUCAGUGGGAUAUCAGGUUGGCCAGACUGAUCGACUUCUCUUAUAUUCUCCUCGUCGGCGGCGUUCUCUACUCUAUCGCUCUGCCGUUCCUGAAAGCGGCGAUUCUGUUGGAGUGGACUCGCAUCUUCGUUCCCGUCGGCACUCGCAACAUAUUCUGGUGGCUCUGCAUCACCCUCGUGGCCAUCCAGCUCUCGUUCUGCGUCGCCUCGGUCUUCGCAUUGUGCUUCACCUGCAUCCCAAUCCAGAAGAUUUGGGAUUUCACUCUUCCAGGGACGUGUCUGGUCAAGUCCAGGGUGGAAAUCACUUCGGCGGCCAUUCAUCUUGCGUCGGAUCUGGUCAUCCUGUCACUCCCGCAAAAGGUCAUCUGGGAGCUGCAAAUGUCCGUGAGACAGAAGCUCGGCGUUUCGGUCAUCUUCUCAUUGGGUGUACUUGCUUGUGUCUCGGCCGCCUUCCGACUAACGGCUACGAUCCAAUACUCGAACGCCGCUGAUGUCACAUACACGGUUGCUUCUGUCAUUCUCUGGGCGCUGGCCGAGAUGACCUGCGGCUUCAUUGUCAUCGGCAUGCCCACAGCGCCGAAGAUCAUCUACGAGACUGGCGUCGUCUCCAAGAUCAGGGCCUCUCUCAAGUCCUGGACCAGCAGACAGUCCGGCAGCGGGAAGAGCUCCACCAAGCUCAGUGGUCUGUCAUCACAGACUUCCUCCAAAUCGCCGAACCCCAGCAAAACGUAUCGGAAGCUGGACGGGAACGAGAACGCAACGCCUCUGCGAAGCAUGAAGCGCUCGGAUACGGAGUCGACGGAGCAUCUCAAGGAUUUGGUGCGCCAACACGAUAGGUCAAUCGUGCGUACCACGCAGCUAAGCACGAGGGAAGAUUACGAAUACGGUAGUGAGGUUGAACAGGAUCAGUUUGCACGCCAGCAUCCAUGGCGCACCAAGAGCUGA